CACACUUGCUUGCAUUAUUGAUAUGAAGAUGGAAAUGGUGACUAAUGUUAGCGAGUAUGAGGCCCUUGCAAAGGAAAAAUUGCCAAAGAUGGUUUAUGACUUCUUCGCAGCAGGGGCAGAGGAUGAGUGGACUUUGAAAGAGAAUCGAAAUGCAUUCUCGAGGAUUCUGUUCCGUCCCCGUAUUCUUGUUGAUGUUAGCAAGGUAGACUUGACUACAACAAUACUGGGCUUCAAAAUAUCAAUGCCUAUUAUGAUUGCUCCAACAUCCUUCCAUAAGAUGGCUCAUCCUCAAGGUACGUUAUCAAACUCCAACUGUGGUAUCAUAAUAUCAAAAAAGAAAAUUGAGGGACUGAAAAAUAAAAUUUAAUCUGUAAGUAUGGAA